CUCGGAGUCUCGGUCCGUCCGCCCGGCGCUGUCAAAGCCUCAAAGGACUGCUCCUAACAUACGCAUAUGGUCCAGAAACCCCACUCAGCCCAGGGCACGCAUCUUGUUCACUAAACAGCGGGACUCUUAUCUCCACUAAUCAGCCCUCCGUAAUUGUGGCCUCUGCGAGAAGUACUCGGUUGCCGCCUAAAAACGUCGUUUAUUAUGGACGAAGAGAGGCUGAUAGCGGCCGUAAGGGCCUGGCAGGAUAUCGCCCUCCCAACCCUCCAGAUCUCCCUCGACGCGCAAGGCCUUGAAAUCGUCGAGAACCAGAAAGAGUCCCUGCUCAGCCGCAAGAAGCUCGCGGAGGCGACGAAGGAUUUCAAGAAGGUGCCUGAUGAGGAGAAGUUGAGGGAGUUUAGGGGGUUGCUUAAAGCGUAUCAGAGCGAGAUUGACGCGAUAACGCGGCGGUCCAAGACGGCCGAGACGGCGUUUUUGAACCUGUAUAAGGUUUUCGCGGAGGCGCCGGAUCCGGCUGUGUUGUUUGACACCGUUGCUGAUCAAGCGAAACAAAUAGCGCAAAUCAACGCACUGCAAUCUGAAAACCAACAUCUCAGGGAAGAGCUCACGCAGACGCGGGAGAGUCUGAAUUCCGCGCGGAAGGAUGAGGGCACCAUCAUGUCCUUGAAGGGGCGGUUGACCAAGUAUGAGGCGAUGCUAGAAGAGAUGGUCACCCAGAAAGUAGAGCAGAAGGAGAACGAGAUGAAGCAGGCGAUGGAUGAGAAGAUUCGCAUUUACAAGGAGACCGAGUACUCCCUGCAACGCCAACUGAGCCAGCUAAAAGACCAGAUGAUGAACCUGCAAACGACGCAUCAGGUCACGCAGGCGAGGUUGGUGGAUCAUAGCGAGAAGUAUGACGAGGAAGUCGCAGCGAAACUUGGGGAGGUGGAGAUCAUCAUGGUGGAUCUGGACCGGGCGAAUUUGAAGAUUGCUCAGUUGGAGAGGGAUAAUUCCAGUACUGCUCGUCAAGCGGAUACAAUCGCUGGAGGUACGUGCAAGCUCAUCAAUUCAUACUCACUGACACUGUAUGCUUACACAAACGCUUUUCAUCCUCAGUCCGAGCUAGCAACCCAUUCAGCAGAAGCCGAACGGUUACGCCUUCACCUCAAAGAGUCCCAGUCGCAGCUGAAUCAGCGGAUUGCUGAGCAGGAACGCGAUUUGGCGGUCAAGAUCUUGGAGACGAAGGAACUUGAGGCGCAGCUGCUUAUGUAUGAGGAUUACGACGAGAUCAAGCGGGAGCUUGAGAUUGUCAAGUCUGUGGAGUUCGAUGGAAUCGAUGCGGAACUCGAAAACAAUGACACAACAGUCCCACCAACAGCAGGGUUAGCAUCAGCACCCCUGGAGCGGCUGCUGCUCAGCAAGAACAAGCGCCUACAAGCAGCGUACACGGACGCAAAAGUACAACUCGCCGAGCUCCAAGCCCAAAUCAGCACGUCAACGCGGCACAUCGCCGACCUGCAAUCCGAGAACGACGCACACAAGAAACUCAUCAAGAAACUUGAAGAGGAUUUGGCGAAGCUGGAGGAGAUGCGUGGACAGCCGGCCAAUCGAGCACCUAACCUCCACGGAGCGAUGGGCGACGCCCUCACGAAUCUGAUCAACGGGACGAUGUUACCCCCGAUGGUCUCUGCGCGUCUCAACGAGGGCGCAGCGGGCCCUGACACGCGGGGCGAGACCUCGACGAUUGUGCCGAUCCUGACGAGCCAAAGGGAUAGAUACCGGCAGCGCAACACGGAGCUGGAAGAACAGCUGCGACAACAGAUCUCGACCAUCUCGGAUCUCCGCGCCGAGGUGGAGAAGAUGAAGGACGAGCAGGUCAAGCUGUAUGAGCGGUUACGGUACGCCCAGUCCUUCAGUGCCGGCGGGCCGUCAUCAGCGGGACAGCCAGACGCGUAUCAGAAUCAGUCGGGGUACCGCAACACCCACGCGCGCAUCCCGAUCUACGAAAGCCGCUACGAGACGGCGCUCGACCCAUUCUCCCAGUUCCACCAGCAAGAGAAGGCGCGGCGGGUGAAGGAGAUGCACCCGCUCGACCGGGUCGCGUGGAUCUCCUCGCGCAUGAUUUUGGGGAAUCGGUACCUGAGAUCCGGGUUUGUGAUAUAUUGUAUGGCGCUGCAUGCGUUGGUGUGGUGGGCGGUGUUUGGGAAUCUGGUGGGGACGGUUGCGACGCCGGAUAAGGCUGGGGGGAGGCCGGUUGGGGCGGCGACGCCGGGUGUGGGGAGGCCUUGA